GAACCUCGUGUUUAAGAACUGAUUGUGAUAAAUUUCUGAUUAUUGAUCAGUGUUAUGAUGCUUUCUUGAUACCUGUGGCUAUUUGUUACUUAGAUGAUGAUGGGUAGUGAACAUCGCAUCGCUCUUAGUUCCAUCUCGUAUAUCGGUCUGAUUCUCUCUUUACUUGGAGAGGCCAUAACAGUGGCGGCUUAUCUUUCAUUUCUCAAUGUUCGUAAAGACAGGAUUCAGAUCCGGUUAAACCUGAUUGUGAACCUGAUGUUGGCGCAAAUUGUGCUGAUAGCAGGACUGAACGUUACGGGUCACAAGACACUAUGUCUUGUGGUUGUCGCGCUUGUGCAGUUCACCUACACGGCAUCCUUCUGUUGGAUGCUGGUGGAGGGUUGCUAUCUCUACCGAGUGAUCGUCAAAGUCUUCAAUUACCAUAUUGAUAUGCGCUACUGUUACGCGAUUUCUUACGGUUUUCCUACGCUGAUGGUCGUUGCUGCUUUGUUGUACGCUUACUUGCUAACAGGCGAAAUACAGGGAUACGUCAGCACCAAUGUUUGUUGGAUGAAUUACGAUAAUCAUGUUAUCUGGAUGUUCGCGGGACCAGUAAUUUUUAUCGCAACGGUCAACAUGUUGGUAUUGGGAUGUGUUGUCAAGGAGAUGAUCCUUCUGCCAACAGUCGAUCCCGAAAACUCAAGGACUUCCGAGAAUAUCAGGUCGAGUGCACGCGCUAUUGUUGUCCUAACGCCCUUGCUCGGCAUUACGUGGCUAUUUGGGCUUCUUAGUCUCAGCGGAAUUGGGGUGGUCGGGGAUUACAUUUUCACCAUACUCAAUUCAAGUCAGGGCUUCAUGAUUUUCAUAUUCCACUGCGUCCGCAACUCAGAGUUAAAGGCGGCCUUCAAUCUAAGGGUCUACCAGCUCGAAUCAAGUAACCUUCACGUCAAUUUGAGAUCCCCCACCCCCUCCCCUGCCAUUCUCACGCACAUGCGCUGUGGAAAUCAGGGGUCGUCUACUGAUGUCGACCAGGGAGUAACGAAAGUCAUUACGCGUGACAGUAGUUGCGUGACGAACACAAACUUGCGUGACGGUCAUCACGUGACCAAGUCUUUGGGGGAAAUAACGGCUGACAUCAAUCAAGUAAUGCCAGAAGUGUCUUAAACAGGGAUAUAUCUAGCGUGACAAUAACUGCGUGACAAAGCAGUUAACGUUAACUUAAACCAUAAGAAAAA